CUUAAUGGGCCUAACAAAUACAGGCCCAUUGACCCAAUGAGUUUACAGGCCCCAAAAUAAAACACCCGUUGCAAAUUGCAAUUGUUGGUGCGAGCGAGCGUAAUGGAGUUCCUGGACGAGGACGCGAGGCCGAGGUUCGUGUUUCAGUCCGGUGCAGCUGCGACCACCGAGCCACCAGACCCGACCCACAAACCCACGAAGCCGUUCCUCUUCGCUACACUUUCUCUCUCCUCGAUUUUGCUCACUCUCUCUCUCUUCUUCCUCCAAUCGGAGCCCUUCCAAUCGCUCCUCUUCUGGUUCGCGCUCUCUCUCUUAAUUGGCCCCUUCGCGCCUCCCUCCAUCACCGGAGGCCACGUCCGCGUCGGCCGCGGCGAUGUCGUCAACUUCCCCGAUCCGGAGCCGGAGCCCGACGACGACAAGAAGCCUCCGCAGCGGCGAUCCAAGCAGCGGAGACCGGAGGAAGCCCCCGCAGUAGGCCCGGUGAUGGUGGCGGCGGAGAAGAGAGGAGUGGAGAAGAAGGCGGCCGCGGCGGCGACGGUAGUGGAGGAGAAGGAGUGGAGCGAGGAGGACGUGGAGGUGCUGAAGAAGCAGAUGGUUAAGAAUCCGGUGGGGAAGCCGGGGCGGUGGGAGGCGAUAGCGGCGGCGUUCGGGGGGAGGCACGGCGUGGAGAGUGUGAUAAAGAAGUCGAAGGAGUUGGGGGAGAAGAAGGUGGAUGAUUCGGAGUCGUAUGCGCUGUUUUUGAAGAAGAGGAAGGCGUUGGAUAAAAGGGUUGUGGAGGAGAAUGGAGGCGAGGAUUCGGUGGAGAAGGUUGUUGAGAAUGGGUGGAGUUCUGCGGAGGAUAUCGCGUUGCUGAAUGCGUUGAAAGCGUUUCCGAAGGAAGCUCCCAUGCGGUGGGAGAAGGUGGCUGCGGCGGUUCCCGGCAGAUCCAAGGCGGCUUGCAUGAGAAGAUUCGCUGAAUUGAAGAAAGGGUUUCGGAGUGCUAAAGCUGCGGCAGAGUGAUAUUUUUUUUUUUGUUUCAUUUUGAUAUCUAUCUACGAGGUGACACUCAGAUUCUGGUUGUGUAACCUUAUAAAAUGUAUGGAACCGAUCAAGAUUAUGUAUUCGAAAUUUAUUAUAGUGAGAAUAGAUAUUUAAUACUUCGACUUGAA